UCUUUUAGCCCAGAGAUCAAAUUUGUCCAUUUUGCCGAGAAUUUACCCAAAGCGGCAACAGGAUCGUCGGCGGCGUCGGAUCCUGCUCCCCCUUGUUAUCUCCGCGCCCUAACCCCACGCCCGAAGCUGCAGCCGAGAUGCAUCUGAGCGAGAACGAGGGGAUCGAGGGCGUGCGGUUCGCGGUGACCGGCGGGCAGGGCUUCGUCGGCGCCGCCCUCUGCCUGGAGCUCAUCCGCCGCGGCGCCCUGGAGGUCCGCUCCCUCGACCUGCGCGCCUCCUCCUCCUGGUCCCAGCAGCUCCUCGACGCCGGCGUCCGCUUCUUCCAAGGGGAUGUUCGGAAGAAGGAGGAUGUGGAGAGGGUCUUCCGCAAUGUGGACUGUGUCUUCCACCUUGCUUCAUAUGGCAUGUCAGGGAAAGAAAUGGUACAAGCAGGACGAACAGAUGAGGUCAAUAUUAACGGGACGUGCAAUGUACUGGAUGCUUGCCAUGAGCAUGGUGUUAGAAGGCUUGUGUAUGUAAGCACAUACAAUGUGGUGUUUGGGGGAAAGCCAAUUGUCAAUGGCAGUGAGACAUUGCCUUAUUUUCCCAUCGAAGACCAUGUUGAUGCUUACGGGCGUAGCAAAUCGAUCGCUGAACAGUUGGUGCUGAAGAGCAAUGGUCGGCAAGCUAAGAGUAAUAAAAGUACUCGUCUCUAUACAUGUGCAAUACGCCCGGCUGCUAUCUAUGGUCCAGGUGAAGAGCGUCACCUUCCAAGAAUCCUGUCUCUUGGAAAAUUGGGAUUGGCAUCUUUCAAGAUUGGGGGUCCAAAUGUGAAGACAGAUUGGGUCUAUGCGGAUAACCUUGUUCUUGCACUAAUAUUGGCAAGUAUGGGACUUUUAGAUGACAUUCCUGGCAGGAAGGGAACCCCUGUAGCAGCUGGUCAAGCAUAUUUCAUAUGUGAUGGAUUGCCUGUUAAUACUUUUGAUUUUAUCAUCACUCCCUUAUUUCGAAGUUUGGGCUAUCCAGUUCCCCGGGUUAUACUAGAUACCUCUGUCGCCCUCACAAUUUCAAGAAUCGUUUUGUUCGUGUCCACACUAUUCUAUCCAUGGUUAGAUAGUAAAUGGAUUCCCCAGCCUCCUAUUCUUCCUGCUGAAGUAUACAAGGUGGGUGUUACACAUUACUUUUCAUAUCUAAAAGCUAAAGAGGAACUUGGCUACGUGCCUGUGACGAGUCCGCAGGAAGGCCUGGCCGCAACGAUCUGCUACUGGCAAGAGCGGAAGAGGAGAGAGCUCGAUGGCCCGACGAUAUUCAUCUGGUUGGCUGUAACGAUCGGGAUGCUGGCUGUGUUCUCCGCCGCUUGCCUUCCGCCCGUCGGUCCGCUCAAAUGGGUGCUCGCCAUCAACCUAUUCGUUUUCCGCUCGAUGCUGGUGACCCGGAUAGUCUUUGUGGCCGCGGUCGCAGCGCACGCCGGCGAGGCCGUCUACGCCUGGUUCCUGGCGAAGAAGGUCGACCCGAGGAACGCGACGGGGUGGUUUUGGCAGACCUUUGCCCUGGGGUUCCUUUCCCUCCGGUUUCUGCUCAAGAGGGCGAGGGCGGGGACGUGGACGGGAGCGUGAUUUUUGUGCUCUACUUCACCUACUCGCUGGGAAUUCGGUAACAUUAUAUUCCAGCAGAAAUUCCCCAGCGGCUGUAACCCGCUGGCGCUGUAAAAUGUCCAUUCUGAGUGAGGUUCUGUAAUAUAUGAGGCAUGGAUGUUCGUAGUGUGUCAUGUUUUACACGAGCUUUUCAUUGAACCGGAGGUUGCGGCACAUGGACACAUGGUCGAUCCGUGUCUGUGACCACCUCAAGUACAGUAUCAAAUGCCAUUUGUUUUGAGAGGUUGUAACAAUCAGUGCUCGUCUGACAGUUCAACCGACACGAACAAUAAAGCUUUCACCGAUGUA